CUCUUGCGGUAGAUCCAUCUUAAGGUUACGCGUUUUUCGCCUACGUGCCCAGACCUGUAUACAAGAUCGUGGACUCUGCCGGGCUUCCGUAUAAACUAGACUGCGAUCAACUGCGACCGACCGAUGAUAGUAGUUUACACGUGAUAAUUUGAGAAAUUCUUUAUAUAUGCGAUACAUCUUUUUUGAAAAAUUGAGUCGGUGCUUUGUCUGAAAGAAGAUAGUAAUUUGUAGAAUUCACUGGAGCAGUGUUCAUUUAAAAAUCCUUUAUCAUGACUGAUUCAGUUUGCAGUGCCCUUGGAAUUGAUAGGGUUGACAUGUGUGGAAAGAUGAUUUUGAUCGAGGAGCAACAUGGCAGCGAUGCCAAUUUCAUAGUAAAUUCAGUGCUAUCUGGAGCUUUGGAAAAAGGACAUGGAAUAUGUCUUGUACUCUUUCACAAUACAUUCGGCCAUUAUCACAAUGUAGGAAUGAAGAUGGGUUACAACUUAAAUGUAUUAAAAGAAAGGGGACAGGUGACGGUUGUUGAACCUAUGAAGAUAGCUGCUACCAAUGUAGAAGAUUUGGGUCAUGAUUCAGUGGAUGCAGCCAAUGUGGAUCUGAGUUCUCCUCAACAAAAGUCAAUCGAUGAUACUGGAUUUCCUGACAUCAUGAAACUGGAUAAAACUCUUGUACGCCAGCUAUACACACCAUUAAAAAAUAAAUGUUAUGAAAUGUUGCAAUCUAGAGAUUCUAUUGUCAUAAUCAUUGAUGAUCUGAGUCAUAUGUUUGAUAUGAGAUUAAGUCUGAGGGAUGUGUGGUAUUAUGUGAGGUAUUUGUGGUCUUUAAUGCAAUUCGAACCAACAAUUUCUGUCUGCAUCAUGACCCAUACCUACAAAGCUGAUCCUGACAGCUGCCAACCUGACAUGAUAGCUAUUGGUAUAAAACACAUGGCUGAUCUAAUUGUUACAGUGAAAUCAUUAAGUACAGGUCAUGCUAGUGACAUAUCUGGAAAAAUGAAUGUACGUUGGAAGAUAAGCUCUAUUAGAAGAAAAUAUCAUUGGGCUGAAAAAACGACUUACUUGUACAAAUUAAUGGACCGUCAAAUAAAACUUUUUGCCCCUGGUGGUGCUAACCUUUCGUAAAAUUAACUUUGAGCACUGCCUAGAUUAUUCAUGUCCAAAAUGUUUGUCAUUGAUCACGCACAAAGAAAAAGUUAUGUUCUUUAUUGCCUUUAAUAGAAAAGUAUCAUUUAUCGUAACGUUUGCUUCAAGCCAACGGUAAACAAUUCUUUUUCUUCUUAAUAUAUUCUGUAAAUCGCAUAAAAGUGUAUAAUACAAUUAUCAAUAGGAGAUGGGGAAAUUAGUAACUAGAGUAUAAAAAUGUCAGUGAUGUCUGGUGUGGUUGUUACUGCCAAAAGUAUUUAACAAGUUAUUAAUUAAUUAAUUCUAAUUCGCCAGUAUAUCGAAUUUCAAACUCGAAAUUUGUAUGAUCCAGCGAACCAUUAUUUUCAAUGAUUAUAAUUUUACUACAAAAAGAACAGGC